UCAUAUUGAUUACAUUCUACAGUAAAUAGUGUAAAUGUAAAUACUGUCCUUUCUACAACAGUUUAUAAUUGUUCAACCGAGAGCUCCUGAGGAACUAAUGGGUCAUCAUAAACUCGCUAUGCUAUGGCAUGUACAGUAACCAUCUAAAAAACAGAUCAAAUCAUGAGACAUUGUGAGGUUUCAUGCUUUAAGCAGACUGUUAGCUAAUUACUCAACCUGAUGUUUCUUUACUCCUCAUUGGUUGGCUCCCCCUCUAGUUCACACAAGGACAAUGUCGGAUGAGAGAUCAUUCUUAACAAUUCACUAUCACUGAUGUGUGCAGUGCAGGAUUGAGUACAUCAGGCUCUAGGGAUGCUGGGGAUUAUUAUUAUUUUUAUUUUUAUUUUUUUUAAAAAUGGGUUUGGGUUGAAAUGCCCUUCAGCCAUAAAUAUUUGACUCAACAGAAACAUUGAGGCAUGCUUAAAAGACAGUUAAAAAUACAUUUUAUAUCUUCUAUUCUGUAAAUUUGAACCAACAAACACAAAUGGGUGUGUCUGAUAAAAUGUUCCUUACUGGGAGGUGUCCACUGUCUACCAACUGAUAGAAAAGAUAGAAAAGUCUUCUUGUGUGGUUCCCCUGUGGAGAUCAUUGCACUGCAUCCAAAUCCAAUCAGAGAAGUCUAGUGUCUUUAUUCCCUCUCCAAAAGUCUAAAAAACCUUUCAGACAAUAUCAUGUAUAAGAUACCAACUAGCCUGUUAUUGAGUCUCCAUGUACUUUGUAUGUUGGACCGUCAUCGGUUUGCACUUUUUGUAAAUCACUUUUGAUAUGAGCAUCUGCCACACAAACAGUUCAUUACCUCCUAUAAUCUCUAAAUGUAAAGAGAAAACAGACACAUAAAUGCAUUUUGACCAAACUGCUUAGACCUGAACAGAAAUGAUAAUAAAUGAUGCAUCCUUAAUUUUAAAAGUCUGUUAUUUUAAUUAUGAAUUAUUAUAGUCAUAUAUAUUGUUACAAUGAUUACCUACAUAGCUUGUACAGAUUAAUUGUGUUGAAUGUAGAUGUAUACCAAUUUUCAGGCUGUAAUAAACAUUAGCACUGGAAGCAUGUGCUUCCUGACACGUGUGGCACGUAACUGCUAUAUAAUCCCAGUUAAUACAAACUAAGAAUAAAGCCUUGUUAGUGCUGAGCUGAGUGGAAACUCUUGUAGUGUUCAUCAUACAUUCAUAGUCUGCCAGACAUAUCUGAAUAUCAUGCACAGUCUACACAUCCGUAAAAAUAAUAACUGUUGGCUUGGAGUAACAAAUCUUUCUUGAAGAUGAUAAAUCCAACAAUAUUUAAAUAACUGUUACAACUAUACUGUUUAAGGUAAAAAAUUUCACAUCGGGCCUUUUGCUUUAAAUAUUUAUUUGAAUUUAUUUAAUAUUCAUUUGGAAACUGAUCUGAUUUGAAUUACCGCAGCACUGAUGUGCACAAUAUAACAUCAUUUUACCCAUUUCAACUGCAACUAUACAGUGUUAUAUGUGUGUUGUAUCUGCACUCACACAAACACAAGUACACCUUGCCAGAUAGGCUUAUCAGGUUGGUAAGACAUGUCAAUCACUAUUUCUGCGGGAUUACUCUCUUAUGCAAAGUGAUUAUGCUAUAUACCAGAGAGGCCGUGUUGCUGAGAACUUAUGGGUAUGCAUGAAAACUUGGAUACAUGUUUACAUAGUCUGCAAAACAUUUCUGUGUUACUUGAUAAUGUGCAUGUGCCCCUGAUUAGAAAACCCGGAUUGCUGAAAAACUGGAGUCAAUCUACAAUCUAGGAGAAGAAAAACAACUAUUGGAAAGAUGUUCCCCUGGUCUGCUAUGUUCUCGCUGGAGCCAAAGGUGCCUGGCCAGCGCACUCCAGAGGAGCUGGUCACUAACACCCUGAUGCUCGAACUGGGUGCCAUGGUGAAGCGUACUGAGCGUAUCUGUUUGGAGAGGGCCAGUGAGGUGCGUCGCCGUCGCAGCUCCUCAUCCUUACCAGACUACAGCUGGUUGGCUGGGCCUCAACCCCACAUACCCUACAAGCUCACGCCUAGAGACGUCCUAGACUUGCAGGAGCUCUGCUCACGGAUCCCACCUCCACAGUGUGGCCCUCUCAUUGUCAGGUUUCGUAAUUUAGUGUCUGAGCUUGAGCCAGAAGUGCAUGAGGUCCCUCAGCUCUUCCGCUCAGUGCUGAGAGCCUGUCUGGAUGAGGAGCAUGCUGAUGAAGAGCUACAGGGGCGUGCAGCUCGUUGGGAGAAGCGGCGCAGUAAGAGCCUUUCAUUUGUCACCUUCCGAUCCAAGUUCCGUGUACUUAGCCGUGGCAUGGGCAGUUUUGGCGGCUCACGUAGCAACCUGCAGGAGGAAAACACAUGGUCAGAGGAGGAAGAAGAAGAAGGUGCAGAGCAGGCAACAUCAGCAGCGCCACGACAGAGAAGAGGGAGAAGCCACAGCAUGCCAGAAAUUAUCCCCACAGAGGGGUCUGCUUGAGGCUGCAAAGUGAGGAGCAAGGAGAUUUAGAACAGGGAAAUAUGAAGAGGAAGAGGGAAAGAUGGAGAUAUGAAAAACAAGUAGAAUGACAAAAUGUGUACAAGAGCUUGUCUUACAUUGUUAUUCACACAUGUAUGUAUACCAAAGAUAAAAAGUUGAGACCUUUUGCUACGUUCACACAUACAGCAGUUUUAUCACUACAUGUUACCAGACAUUUUUAAAAUGCAGCUUCAAGUAGGGGUAUCUACUACUUGUUGCUGUAGUAACAUUCAUCAAUAGACGGUACAUCUUGCGUUCCACUUCCAAGAAAACAAAUCAGUUUUCUUGCCACUAAAACGAAACAUUCUAGAUGGAGAGCGUUUGUAUAUAAAAUUCACCAAUUGUAUAUAUGCAUCCUAUCACAUGAGAUGAAGGUGCAGCAGUGAGCUCUACUGUCUACACCCCUAUUGGUAAUUGCUGCACCAAGUUGCUCCAUAUUUUCAUGAACUUAAAAUUUUCUCGCCUUUUUCUGCAUAACUGGGCACACCUACAUCUAAUCGCUAACAGUCACUGUCACUCAUGUUGCUCUAAGUCGCCAGCUUUCACUGAAAAUGAAUGAUCUCCAGUCGCUUUUCACUGUUUGUAUGAACGUAGCAUCAGUCUAGUGUCUUGUUGAAUUUUUUUGAGUUUUGAAGAUUUGUUGUAAAUAAUUUCCAAAGUUUCAGAUUAAUAAACCUGCUUAUACUACA